AUGCACCAAGCCACCAUUUUAGUCCUUAUUUCAUUUGCCGCCGUGUGUCAUGCGAUUGGAAGAACCCAGUCGGUCGGGGUCCGUGGGCAACUGAUGUGUAAUGAAAAGCCAGCCAGUGGUGUUAAAGUCAAGAUCUACGAUGAAGAUAAGCUUUCUCCUGAUGAAUUAAUGGCUUCUGGAAAGACCGAUGGAAGCGGAAAGUUCGAUCUCAAGGGGCAUGCAGAUGAGUUCACCUCGAUCGAGCCAAAAAUCAAUAUCUAUCAUGAUUGCGACGACGGAAUCAAACCGUGCCAGCGAAAAAUCACCGUUUACAUUCCAAGCGCAUACAUAUCCAGCGGAAAAGAGCCAAAGAAGAUUUUCGAUUUUGGAGUCCUCCAACUCGCAGGAAAAUUCUCUGGAGAAACGCGCGAUUGCCUCAACUAA